CUAAUGGAAAGGCGAAUGAGACGACCUCUCUCGCCUAUCGCUUUUGUCAAUAACCCAGAGCGCUUGAGCGGCUGAGCCGCCACCACCACGACGUUAGUCUCUCUCUCAAGUCUAAACAUAGUAGCCAACCACCCGAUGCACGAGCGGCCAUGCUCUCAUUGUUCUCCUCUUCCUCCUUUAUGUCUCCUCUUAUUUCCCCUAUCCGUCUCUCCAAAAGAAUCUACACCCUUACCUCCACGUCCAUUUCCCUGCAUACCCACGCCUUUGCUGGCAAUCCUUUAAGAUCCAAGACCCCAAAACCAACCGACCCCUUUUCACCCACAUCUGCUUUUGAAAUCCUCAAAACUCGCCUCUUAAACUCCAACCACCAGCAACCCUUUUCGCCUCCUCAUUUCAAAGUCUUGCCUUUCUUGAAGGGUAGGCCGCUGGCCUCUUCUUCUGGUGGUGAUACGUCACCGAAUUGGCAUCUGGGUUGGAUAGGCUUGGUUGAUUGCAGGGAUUUCUUGUCGGAAUGUGGGGUCCAGUUGAGUGUAGAGUCUUUGGUGUAUUUGGGUUCAAGGGCGGAGGAGGAUGAGGUGUAUUGGGCUAUUGAUGUGUCAGAGGAGAGUGCUCUGGUUUCUCAAUUGGGGAGAAGGAAAUUUUGUUUUGUGGAGCUGAGAACGCUUAUGGUUGCCACUGAUUGGGCUCAUGAACGAGCCAUGAGUGAAUUAUCUAUUGCUGGUCAUGCCAGGGCAUUGUUGGAAUGGCAUAACAUAUCACGUUUUUGUGGACAUUGUGGUGAAAGGACAGUCCCCAUGGAAGCUGGAAGGUGGAAACAAUGCUUGAAUGAGCUUUGUAAAAAGAGCAUUUAUCCUCGUGUUGAUCCAGUUGUCAUCAUGUUGGUCAUUGAUAGAGAAAAUGACCGUGCACUCUUAGGCAGACAGUCAAGAUUUGUACCUCGAAUGUGGAGUUGCUUGGCUGGUUUCAUCGAGCCCGGAGAAAGCUUAGAAGAGGCCGUGAGGAGAGAAACAUGGGAAGAGACUGGUAUUGAAGUGGGAGAAGUCAUUUAUUAUAGGUCUCAGCCAUGGCCUGUUGGGCCAAGUAGCAUGCCAUGCCAGGUAAUGGUGGGGUUUUUUGCCUAUGCAAAAUCACUUGACAUAAACGUUGACAAGGAAGAGUUGGAAGAUGCUCAAUGGCACAGUAGAGAGGAUGUCAAAAAAGCAUUGGCAUUUGCUGAGUACAGGAAGGCACAACAAACAGCAGCAAUCAAAGUAGACCAAAUGUGCAAAGGAGUUGAGGAAGGACAGUCUCUAGCAGCAGAUUUCAACGUGGAAAGCGGGGAACUUGCACCAAUGUUCAUCCCAGGGCCUUUCGCAAUCGCCCACCACCUCAUCUCUUCCUGGGUCAAUCGAGGAUCAACCAUCGGUGAUCAACUUCCGUUGGCGCAACGUAGUAAUUCUUUAUCGAAUUUAUAAUAGUCUCAUCCCCUAGUUUAGAUUUAGAUCGCUGAUGCUAUUUCAUUUUUCAUACCAAAAUAGUUUAUGAUUUCUGGACACUAGCAUUUCUUCAUGCCAUAGAUUUAGAUAGCUUAUGCUAUUUCAUCUUUCAUACCAAAAUAAUGUAUGUUUUUUUUGGAGACUGGCAUUUCUUCAUGCCAAUAAAAUUCCUAUUAUCCAGAGGGUUACCAUA